CAUCUUGACUGUUUCCCCUCUCCGCUUUGGACCGCGGCAUUUUUUUUAUCACGCGGCGGAAAUGAGCAUCAACUUCGUGGCUGAAAGUUUUCUUUUCCUCUUUUUACUGUCGUGGAAGAGCAACCGCAUGCGGACACAAUGACAGAGAAAGCAAGGGGCUUUUCAACGCGAACUUUUCCCUCUCAAGUCCACUUAGUUGUGCUCCAGCUCAGCGCCUAGAUGCUAGCAUACUUGCCUCCCAGCACAUUUCCGUUAUGCGAAGUCCAACUUGGUGGUUAGUCGUCGUGCUGCGGUGGGUGCCCGUCCAAGAUAACGGAGAACCAGUGAUUCUCUGCCAGUCUGGUUUCUGCAAUGAAUGGUAACACUAUCCAUCCAGCCAACACCACUUCAGCAGGAGGAGGUCCAAGUGUAGCAGCGCCACCCAGAGGCUGGAGGGAGUUCUGUGAGCUGCAUGCCAUCGCAACAGCCCGACAGCUGGCUGGACAUUACCGGAGCUUUGCCAGUGAGCGCCCGCAGCAUGAGCUGGUCCCACCAGAGACUUUCUCCAAGCACUUCACCGACCUCUUCCAGCACCACUUCUGCUGCGAAGUCGACAAAGAUGGCAGUCCACUCGGCCAUGGCUCAUGCCCGAUUGCCUCCGGAAGCGCAUCCGCAACAGCUUCUUCCUCUCCCUCACCUCAUGCUGUGAUCAGCCGGUUGCGGAUCUCGUCCCUUUCACAGGAUUACCGGGAGGCGGGGCGGCCAAGCAUAGGAGCCGCGUCGAUAUCUGUGGUACCAAAAGUGGAGCCGGUGUUGGUCAGUCGGGAGCAGGAGCAGCCGCUGAGAUGUGCAGCAAGAAACUCCUUUUCGGGGUCUAGAAGUAUUAGCGGGGGGUCGCUGCUGAUCCAAAGCCACAGCAGCGAUGAGAUCUCUGCCACUGAUCGCCAUCAGCCACCUGAGCGACAUUCCUCGGACUCUUUGGCGUCAAAUUCUGCACACAGCGACAUCACGCAUUUCCCUGUCAGCCAGAUUCAAAAGACAGUACAACGGAUUUUCCAAAAACGGCACUCCCACAGUCCCUGCUCUUCCCAGGACCUGUCUCUAAGCAACCCCAACCCCACCACCACCAAUAACAGUACCCUGAACAACGGUGACAGAGUGGAGGAAGGCUCAUCCUCUUUGUCCCACUCAUUCCCCUCACAGAACUUGGAAGCAACCUCCCCAGGUGCCUUACAUCGACCCAGAGUGGUCUCGCACCUCCUGGAGGGUUUUCGUUGGUUACGCAGCAGAAGCAUGAGGCUCAGGAGGCCGGAAGUGAGCGGCUGCUGCAAGGAGGGCCAACUCAAGUACCUGCUGGUGGAUGACACUAUCUCGGACUCUCUGCCCCACUGGCAACGCUGCCGCCUGCUGGUCAGGAGGAUCAGAGACACUCAAAGUGGAGGGGGCAGAGCAGGAAGCGAGAGGUACCAGCUGGAGCUGUACGAUCCCCCAAAGGCCUCAAGUCCCAAACUGACAACUCACUGCUCAGAUAUCCAAGAAGUCCGUCGCUGCACCCGACUGGAGAUGCCUGACAACUUAAACACAUUCGUUUUAAAGGUUAAUCGAGGGAGUCUGAUAUUUGAGACGGAUAACGACCAGCAGGUCAGCUCCUGGACCACAGAGCUAAAGGAAUGCAUCAGCAACAGGCCAGGCAGUGUGGAUCUGGAGUCCCCCCUGUCUUCAGCUGACAGCUCUGUUCCAGCCAAUCAGAGGAGGAGCUCAGAUUCAGGAAGUCAAGGUCCUGUCACCCUCAGUUUGCCUGAGCAGGUCAUCCAGAAAGCCGAUGACUUCCUGGUUUCUUUCCCCUGGUUUCACGGGCCCAUCUCUCGGGUCAAGGCGGCCCAUCUUGUCCAGAGCUCCGGCCCUGAAGGUCACGGCGUGUUCCUGGUCCGGCAGAGUGAGACGCGAAGGGGAGACUUCGUCCUCACGUUUAACUACCAGGGCAAAGCGAAGCACCUGCGCCUGUCUUUAAAUGAAUGGGGUCAAUGCAGGGUGCAGCACCUGCGCUUCCCCUCCGUCAUGGACAUGCUCAGCCACUUCCGCCUCUACCCUAUCCCGCUGGAGUGCGGAGCAGCCGGAGCCGUCACGCUAUCCAGCUUCGUACUGGCCGGCUCCAUCCCACCAUCACACGGUCAGCUCUCUGGUGCUCUCCUCGUCCCUUUCUCCCUCCAUCGGUGGAGCUCUGAACCCAGCUUGGCGCGCUGCAGCCUGGCCAGCAGCUCCGGUCCGCCCCCUGCAUUCUCCUCCUCCACCACCAGCACCACCUCCACAUCCAGUCCCAGCUCCUUCACCCAGGUGGCCCGCGCCGCGCCAGAGCCCGCUCCAUCAGCGCCGGCUCAUCUGCGUCGGAGCGAAUCGGUGGGGAGGAGGCCUCUGCUGCGCAACCCCAACCCUCACACUCCCAUCAUCCCUCGGCGGGACUCGGAUUAUGAACUGGAGCCCGACCGCAGUCGCAAGCGGGCGAUAGACAACCAGUACAUGUUGCUCUGACGCAACCUGCCAGGACAAGAGAGCCGCUCCGACAUGGCGUCGGUGGCUCAGAUUCAGAGCGUCGCCUUCAGGAACAGAAACCUGCUUGAAAGAAGCCGAUGGACACGAGGGAAAGAAUCCGAACAAGUCCGAAAAAAUGCAAAACACACUCAAAAACAAGUUUGCCUCACCCUCAGAACCUCCAGCGUCCACAGUGAAUGUAUUUUUAGGAGUUUUUUUAAGAGUGUUAACAACGAUGAAUAGUCUUGUUUUCAAUGAACGAGCUUAGGCAGAAGAGGAAACCUUUUCUAACACCUGUUGUUGUGUUUUUCUUGAAAGUGCACUUGAUGUCACUUCUUCAGCACUUAACCUGAAAUGAUGGGAAAUCGCCAUCUGCUCCUUCGGGAACGUUUAGGGCAUGAACUAGUCGAAAAAAGUUCCCCAAGCAGAGCGAAAACCUCCACCUUGGAACACAAGCAAGCUGCGCUCCUUUUCUCUAUGGGAUCAGAUUCUGUUCUUCCUCAUUGAGCGUUUUUUAAGCAUCAAGUGCGCCUCACCUUCAGUGCACUUUGUGUAUUUUUUUUCUAUACACAACCUUUUGUAGAAAAAUAAAAUAAAAAGUUAGAGGAAAAAAAGGAGAAAAAGUUCUAGAAAGAGGUAGUUUUAGAAACCAGAUUGCUCUUAAAAAAACAACCACAAAUUCAGGAUGGGAUUGUCGGCGCCGCUGUGGUCUGCUUGUGUUCACAGUCUGGGUUUGUGUCGAGUCAAGCGGAGUCUAUAAAUAAGCUUUGAUUUUCUUUUUAAUCAACCAAAUAAAUUAUCCAAAUCAAAGAAAAUGCCACAAAAUCAAAAAACUGGAGGGACAGUGAUAAUUUUAAAAGUUCCAACCAGUUCCUGUUCAGAAAAACCUGAGAAAUGAGGCCCAUAUGAAUGGAGUUUAUAUAUAAGCCAUUAGCACUUAGACACAUACAGCCUCCAAUUUCUUCAAACCAGAGCAGGAAUGUGUUCAUUUUUUGGUGUCUUUCUCCCUACUUCGUGUCGUCAGUCAGGU